CUAGUGAGGGAAUGGAGGGGGUGAGGUGUGUAAGACUUUUUGUCCUUUUAAGAUUCACAUCAGCCAUACCUGGCUACCUAUAAAUCACAACCUUCCUUCGCCGUAGUUUCCCAACAAUCCUAUAGCUAGCAAACUUCAUAUUUGCUUCAUCAAAAAACAUAAAGAGAAACCUAAUUGGAGAGAGACAACAACAGAACAACAUCAUGGGUAGAGCUCCAUGCUGUGACAAGGCCAACGUCAAGAAAGGACCAUGGUCUCCUGAAGAGGAUGCUGCACUUAAGGCCUACAUUGAAAACAACGGAACUGGUGGCAAUUGGAUUGCUCUUCCUCAGAAAAUUGGGCUCAAGAGAUGUGGAAAGAGUUGUAGACUUAGGUGGUUAAAUUACUUGAGACCUAAUAUCAAACAUGGUGGAUUUACUGAAGAAGAAGACAACAUCAUCUGCAACCUUUACAUUAGCAUUGGUAGCAGGUGGUCCAUAAUUGCUGCUCAGUUACCUGGAAGGACAGAUAACGACAUCAAGAACUAUUGGAACACUAGAUUGAAGAAGAAACUGCUCGGGAGGCGCAAACAAUCUAACUUCAACGCAAAGGACACAAAUAAUGGAAUAGAGGAGAACACUUAUUCAAAUGCCCUAAGCAGCUCGGCACUUGAAAGACUCCAACUGCACAUGCAACUUCAAAGCCUUCAAAACCCUUUCUCUUUCUAUAAUAACCCUGCGUUGUGGCCUAGGUUGCAUCCUUUCCAAGAAAAGGUGAUCCAGAGUCUGCAAUCUUUGAAUGAGGGCUCUAACCCUGUGGUGCAAGAUGCUUUGUCUUCACCCCAUGUUGAACAAGGACAAAAAGAUGAGUUCAUCUACAAACCUCAACAUGAUGCUGCAAAGAUCCACAGCCCACAGCUUCAUCUUUUGGACAAUAUUCCUUCAAGUAACAGUGGACUUCCCUUUGUUGCUUCUGAGAGCAAUAAUAAUCCAAUGCACUCGAGUCUUGCACCGAGAGCUGAGGCUGUUGAACAGACUAAUAAUGUUGGAUUUCAGCAACUUGGUGCACUGCAAACUGAACUAGAUGACAUUCUCAACAACAGAACAAUGGGUUAUGUGCCUCAGGAAGAUCAUCAGAUGGCUGAAUUUGAUUGUUUCAGAGAGAUGAAUGGCUCCAAGGACAGCCUGAUUUGGUGGUCCAAUGAUUCUGAUACCAGAUCAGCAUCCUCAAAUUCCUGGGAAUCAUCUACUACUCCAGCCCUUUUAACACAAGGGAUGUUCCAAGAUUAUGAACUGGGUUACAGUCUGUAGUGACUACAAGGAUUUAACUUUCUAGUUAUGCUAAUUUGUUGUGUUAGU